CGGGGCUUCGGCAUGCCGCGGCAAAUGGGUUUGGACACCGCUGGGCCGGUUUACUUGAAAGCUCUCGGAUGGGCUGCUAAAGGGCACUCGAAUCAUUUUGUUAAAUAAACAAACUCGCAAGACCGCUGCAUCUUGCAGGUUCUCCAUUGGUGCCCAACCCAAUUGAUACCCAGCACGAGGCAUCAUGUCUGCUGUCAACCGCGGAUUGCGCCAGGCGACAAGAACACUGCGCCUCCACCGCUGUCCCCCGCCCUCGGCUCUGCGCCCGCUGAGCACGGUCCGGAACACCGCCGCCCCCAUCUCGGUCGCUGCCACACACGCUCGCAGCAGCUUCUCAACCAUGGCCUCCCUGCAGUCCGCCAGCUCCGCGGCGCCGUCGCCCGCCUCGCACAAGGGCUACGACCCGGAGAUUGUCGACAUUGCGGACUACGUGCACAACAAGACCAUUGAUUCGGAGCUGGCCUUUGACACGGCGAGAUGGGUGUUUCUCGACACCCUCGGGUGCGGCCUCGAGGCCCUGCGGUUCAAGGAGUGCACCAAGCUGCUCGGGCCCAUUGUCCCGGGCACGGUGGUGCCCUCCGGCACCAAGGUGCCCGGCACCGACUUCCAGCUUGACCCCGUCAACGGCGCUUUCAACAUCGGCGCCAUGAUCCGGUGGCUCGACUACAACGACUGCUGGCUGGCCGCCGAGUGGGGACACCCCAGCGACAACCUGGGCGCCAUCCUCGCCGUGGCCGACUGGGCCACGCGGACGAACAAGGCCGGCCAGCGCAAGGUAGCCGGCGGCAAGAUCUUCACCGUCCGCGACGUGCUCGAGGCCAUGAUCAAGGCGCACGAGAUCCAGGGCUGCCUCGCCCUGCUGAACUCGUACAACAAGGUCGGCCUCGACCACGUCGUCCUGGUCAAGGUGGCCAGCACGGCCGUGGUCAGCAAGAUGCUGGGGCUGAGCGAGAAGCAGACGGCCGACGCCGUCACGCAGGCCUGGGUCGACGGCCAGAGCUUGCGCACCUACCGCCACUCGCCGAACACCAUGUCCCGCAAGUCGUGGGCUGCCGGUGAUGCCUGCCAGCGUGCCGUCAACCUGGCCCUCAAGGUCCUCAAGGGCGAGUCGGGCAUCCCCACGGUUCUGUCGGCUCCCACCUGGGGCUUCUACGAUGUCCUAUUCAAGGGCAAGAAGUUCGAGUUCCAGCGGCCGUACGGCAGCUACGUCAUGGAGAACGUGCUGUUCAAGGUGUCGUAUCCUGCCGAGUUCCACUCGCAGACGGCCGUCGAGGCGUCGGAGAAGAUCCACGCGCAGCUGAAGGCCAUGGGCAAGUCGGCCGCCGACAUCAAGGCCGUCACGUGCCGGACGCACGAGGCCUGCAUACGCAUCAUCGACAAGCAGUUCAAGCCGAUGGACAACUUCGCCGACCGCGACCACUGCAUCCAGUACAUGUGCGCCGUCAUGCUCGUCUUCGGCCGGCUGACCGCGGGCGACUACGUGGACGGCUCCGAGGCGGCGACAUCGGAGCUGGUCGAGUCGCUCCGCAAGAGGAUCAAGUGCGUCGAGGACCCGCAGUUCACGGCCGACUACCACGACCCGGCCCUGCGCACCAUCAGCAACGGCCUGACGGUCGAGCUGAACGACGGCACGGUGCUGCCCGAGGUGGUCGUCGAGGCGCCGCUCGGCCACCGCCUGCGCCGCGACGAGGCCAAGCCGCACAUCCUGGCCAAGUACAAGCGCCACCUGGAGCCGCACUUCAGCGCCGACAAGGUGCGCCAGCUCGUCGAGCUCGGCCAGGACCCCAAGAGGCUGGAGUCGAUGGCCGUGGACGAGUACGUCGAUCUGUACGUGUGCAAGGACAGCCAGUUCUUCAAGGAGCAAUAGAUACCUCGCCGAGCGGUGUCGAUGUAAUGUGUACUUGAGAAUAGAGCGAUGUAGCAUCACGUUAUCGAAGCCGGUGUAUUUUCUCCUCUUCCCGCCGUCCGUUUUGCUCCGGAACUUCCAAAACUAUUCCUUAGGUCAGCCUAGUUACUCUUUACACAAAGAUAUACGGUGCAGAGAACUCCGGAAAGACCUCAGUCGUGCGGCG